AUGGCUCCUCGCAUCGAAGCGCAAGAAAUCGAGACGUAUUGGAACAUCUUUUCGGCUCGGACGGGCGGGUCGCAGUUCCUGACAGGAGAACAAGCCGCGCCGGUGCUGAAGAACAGCGGCCUGACGGACAAUCAGCUCGAGCGGGUGUGGGAUCUCGCCGACGUCGACAACGAUGGCAACCUCGAUUUUGAGGAGUUCUGCGUUGCGAUGAGAGUCAUUUUUGACAUUCUGAACGGAGAGUACGCAGACGUCCCCACGACGCUGCCCGAUUGGCUCGUGCCCGAGUCCAAAGCACAUCUUGUCCAAGCGAAUCGCGCGCUCACAGGGAAGCAAGUUGCCUUUGAGCAGGUCGAGGACGAUCCGGACUCUCCUGGCUUGAAGGACGGCUUCGACUGGUACAUGACGCCCCAGGACAAGUCCAAGUACGAGUCGAUAUACCAGGAGAACCGGGAUGCGCGGGGAGAAAUCUCAUUCUCUGCCUUAGAAGACCUCUACGAAUCCCUCGAUGUUCCCGACACCGACAUCCGCUCCGCGUGGAACCUAAUCAACCCCUCUGCCGGCUCUUCCAUCAACAAGGACGCUUGCCUCGCCUUCCUCCACAUUCUCAACAACCGCCAUGAGGGCUUCCGCAUUCCGCGCACCGUACCCGCGUCCUUGCGCGCCUCAUUCGAGCGCAACAAGAUUGACUACCAACUCGACAAUAACAACCCCGCCUCUUCCCGUUGGGCCACAAAGGCAGACGACUCGACGGCAACGGGACGGAAAGCAAAAUUUGGCGAUCAGUAUCUUACUCGCCUUGGUCGCAGCGGCUUCAAGUCGAGCGGCACCGACUUCUCUACCUCCAAGACGGAUGACUGGGAGGAGGUCAGGCUCAAGAAGCAGCUUCAGGAGCUCGACGAGAAGUUGGCGCGUAUCGAAGCUGGCGUGGAGCAAAAGAAGGGCGGCAAACGAGACAGCAAGCCCGCUCUGGUCAAGCGGGAGCUCGAGCAGCUGCUGGACUACAAGCGAAAGGAACUCCGGGAGCUUGAGGAGGGUUCCGGCAAGGCCAAGGGCGGAGCUAGUCUCAAGAGCGUGUCUGAAGAUUUGCAGACGGUGAGAGAACAAGUGGAGGGUCUCGAGUCGCACCUCUCCUCGCGACAGCAAGUACUAGAGCAGCUGCGUCGGGAUGUUGAAGAUGAGAAGCUCAUCAGAUGA